AUGACGUGCCGGUACCUUCAGAGAACGCUGAGGAGCGAGGUGGUGGCCCUUCUGGUGAAGGUGCCUUUUAACAUAGACAGUGGCCUGCCCCAGUCACAGAAAAAGAGGAAUACUACCAACCCCCUUCUCAGGGGUUUGUGUAGGAGCUGUCAGUUUAGAAAGAAAAAGAAAAAGCUGUGUCUCUUAAAACUAAGCCCUGAAGGAAAUGCUUCUCUUCUAGGUAUACUGCAGCAUCCAGAUGGGACUGUCCUGAAGCAGUUGCAGCCACCACCUCGAGGUCCCAGGGAGCAGGAGUUCUACAACAAGGUUUAUGACUCCGACUGUUGCGACAGCGUUCUUCUGGAGCUGCGGGAGUAUCUGCCAAAAUACUUCGGUGUCUGGUCACCACCUACUGCACCAAAUGAUACCUAUCUAAAACUGGAAGAUGUGACCCGUAAGUUUAAUAAGCCUUGCAUAAUGGAUGUAAAAAUAGGUCAGAAAAGUUACGAUCCGUAUGCUUCAGCUGAGAAGAUACAGCAGCAGGUCAGCAAGUACCCGCUGAUGGAAGAGAUUGGCUUUUUGGUACUUGGCAUGAGGGUUUACCACGUCUCUUCUGACAGCUACGAGACGCAAAACCAGCACUACGGAAGGAGCUUGACAAAGGAAACAGUAAAGGAUGGCAUCUCCAAGUUUUUCCACAAUGGGUACUGCUUGAGGAAAGACGCGAUAGCUGCCAGCAUUCAGAAGAUUCAGAAGAUUUUGGAGUGGUUUGAGGGCCAGAAGCAACUCAACUUUUAUGCAAGCUCAUUACUCUUUGUUUAUGAAGGCUCGUGUCAGGCAACAACCGUGCGGCUGGGUGACGUCACCCUGGCAGAGAAGAGAGGAGUGCCCAAAGGACUGUUAGCAGGUGGAGACAUACUGGAGUAUAAUAAUAAUAUUCACGUAAUUAAUUCGACGGAGAAUGGCAAAAUCGAGGCCUCUGUGGGUAAAGGCUUGUCCAAAUUUUACGCACUUCACAAAAAGGCAUAUUCCAAGAGGCACCACAGUCAGCUCUCGCUGAAAGUUGAAAAUUUGGAGCAAGGCAACGUGUGGAAGAGCAGCGCGUGCAUCGCGCAGGAGCACCUGAACGGGAACGUUAUACCCCAACUGGAAAAAGUUUUCUGUCACAUGCCAGCAGAAAUCAAGGAAAGUGCAAAUGUGGAAGUCCGGAUGAUUGAUUUUGCUCACGUGUUUCCUAGCAACACAAAGGAUGAGGGCUACAUUUACGGGCUGAAGAAUCUAAUCACAGUACUUCAAAAUAUUUUGGAUAGCUAAAUUCUCUUUGCUAUGGUUUUUACUGGGGGCCAAUGAUAAAAGAGCAACAACACGACGAAUUUCUGCACUUGUAAUGCUGUAUAACUGGGUUUGUAUUGUUCUAUAUUUUAUUUGUCUUUGUACUUUUGGUAGAAGGGGUUUAACUUUUUAUAAUCUCACUCAGGAAAAUAAUUGCUAGUUAAUUAGGGAGUGUGAAAGGAUGAGGAUACUGGAGAUGAAGCAAGAGAGGUGAAUGAGUAGGGUGAAAUACAUACAGUUGGCUUAAAUCCAAGGAGUACAGCUGUACUAUAAGCAAGGGUUGGGUUAGUUCCCCUCAUGACUUUAGCGUAGGUAACACUUGCCCACUUAGCCUUGACACUGAGCCGUUAUCUCCAUUAACAGGUUUUUUUAGAAAAAGGACUGAAAACGCUAAGAGUGCAGGAUUAAUGUCCUCAGUACUGCCCUCUCGUGUUUACUUUAUUUGAAUAACUGGAGUUAACCCUGCUUGGAGAGAAAUCCCCUUCCGAGUCAGUAGUCUCACCUGGAAGCCAGUGGAUCAAAAAAAGUGCUUUUCGACGUCACGGGACGACGUUGCUGUUCUUUCAACCCUGGUGUGGGCACUUCCCCUCUUGGUGGUUGUCUGUAGCCGGUGGUCACCGUUGACAAGCUACAACCCGAUUUGUGUUGAGGUGCUAAGAAAAUGCUGGAGUAAAAAUACCAUAACAGGCUUAAACUGCACAACUGCUAGAGAAACUGUUUGUUCCUAAGAAAAAAGAACGCAAAGGCGAGAUGUUCCAGGAACUAAUUUGGUUUAGGAGAUUAAGUCAAUCUGUUAAUGGAGUGUCUGAUGCUGUGACUGAGGGAAAUGCCACACUCUUUUGCUCUGAUGGCCCUUCUCCAAAAACAUGGCUUUUAAAAGCAAACUAAUUGAAUGGGGAAACAAAGCAUUCUGAGUAAGUGCAAAGGAUCUCCUCUCGCUGUCUGCCGCUGGUGGUUUUGCAAGAAGGGCUCCUGUUUCUGCUGCUGGGGAGCACCGACUGGAAAGGAGGAGCAAUACAGGUGAAGGACCCUUUGCUGAGAAGAUCUAGUUCAGCCCUGGAGCGACCAGACGUACCUCCGUUCGUGGCAGUGGAGUUGGGGCUCUCUCUCUUACCCGGCGCUAAAGCGGCCUCUCUUUUUUUAUUUUUAAUUUUUUUUUUUUUUUUUACUGACACGCAGGCAAGCGGUGUCAUUAGAAAGUUGUCCCACUUCCUUCUUUCUCGCAGGCAAAAUUCAAGCUUUCAUUAUGGAAUAUUUUGAGAUCAGGAUGAUGUGUCCAAAGCGUUUUUGAGGUUUCUGUUCUGUACACGGCUGUCCUACCAGGGCUGUACGAAAAGUGGGGAUGGAGGAUUCUUGGCAUCUACAGAGCGAGAUCUUAAUGCUUUGAGCAAGCCUCAGAAGUCAAACUUUUUAGAAUGGAUUUGAUCAUUGGAAACAUACUUCUUUUACGUGUGGACUUCAUGUGACGCCGUGGCCUUGCUGCUCUCUCUGUAUGAUGUUCUGCACUAUGCACUCAUUUGUGUCCACAUCUUCGCAAGUUCUCAAUUCCACACCUGUUUUCUAUAUUGGAAGGAGAUAAAUACUUUUUCGAGCAAAUAUUCUGGUUUUAAAUAAAUCUGAAAUUUUAGCUCUAUUUGAGAACCUGGGUUAAUUGGAAGAAACAGGGUAUUAUGCGUAGAACUAUAUUGUUUAAACUUUAGAGCUAAUAUUGGCCAAUAUAUUCAAGAAUGAAACAGAAUGAUGUGUUAGUAACAUAAUAUUUUGGAAGCAUGGGAAAAGAUGCUUGCAGGAGGGGCAGUAUCAUUUGGUUGAAAAUUUUAUGCAAAUUGUGGUGAAGGCUGACAUGAAAUACCAGGAAGAGAAAGUUUCAUUUUUCUCCCUGGUAUCUCCAUUGCACCAUAUACUGAAUAUAUUCCCAAUGCUCUGUGAACUAAUUUAAGCCAUAUUCUAGGAAGAGUUUGUGGUUUUGUUUGCUUGGAUGCUGGUUUCUUUGUUAUGAUUUUUUUGUUCUCCUGUCCCGUGAAUAGUCAACACUAGAGUAGCCUAGGCUGGUAGUGGCCUUGUAUGAUAAAUUCACAAUGUUUUCUAGAAAAUAUAGGGCAAAACAUUUAUACGUCUGAAUUUUUGUCCUCCGUAAUUCAUCUCCUCUGGAUUUUAAUCCAUUUUGUGCCGACGAAAUUGGACAUCUGCCUCAAAAGUCAGUUAUUGGGAAAUGAUGUGUUUGCUCUUAGUAUAAGCGCAUUCUCCCGUCUCCGCUUUAAGAUAUUUGUCUUCAGUGUUUGAAUGCUCUUGGAGUGUUGAUUGUUGUGUUGACUAUGGCAGUGUUUGUAACACACCUGGAAUAUUGUUAAACUGUCAGAAUAUUUUGAAUAAAAAAAAAAUAAAAUAAUUUUAUCAUGGUUUUUUUUUUUUUUUUAAACCAGUAGUUAUUAUGGAUGUAUUUCUGUUAAUUUAAAAUGUAGCUUGAGAGAUAACAAUAUUUUUAAUUGGAAGUUGUGUAAAUAAAGCUUGCUGUAGAGGUGUUUGGGCAUAGUACCAACUGUGAAAUUUCUGCCUGCCAAGGUGUUAACGUUCACAUUGUUCUUGCACAUUUUUAGAUUUGGUGUUUUUAGUGUCUUGUAUCUAAUCAGAUGGCUUUCAGUUAUAGUUGGAGAUGUAUUCACGGAAAUCAUUAAACAGCUGAGGGAAUUAAUUAGGCAUGAAGGCAUGUAUUGCUGUCCAUCUCCUCCCUCCCAGUGAUGUCUCUCUCCUUCUCUGUAUGAAGCGUAGAGGACGGGUGACAGUUACCUGGAAAUCUUUACAGUAACGAGGCCUAUAGGUAUUUCUGAAACAAACUGAAAUAUUUCUGAAUAUAUAUAUUUCUGAAAUAAAACUGAAAGCAGGUCCCUUCGCCAGGAUGGUGUGAUGUAUCGGUCGUUGAUGAAACCUGUCUUUUUUGAUUUUUAAGCAAUAAGAGUUUGAUUUAGCAGAAUGGAUUGUCAAAAGGGAAGAUUGAUGGAAGCCUUGUCGUUCGUGUGUCUCUGGGGAUGUACUUUUCUGAAGACUUUCUGCCUGGGUGAUUGUGAGAAUUGUGUACAGGCUUACCGAAUGAGAGCUUGAAUUGUAUAAAGUUUUAUAAAAAAGCAUUUACAUAUAUGGUAUUUUUGGAUAUGGGUGAAACUUGUUGCAUAAGUAACAUUGGAAAUUAUUAUACCAUUAUGAAAUGUUUUAAACUAUUUUAAUCAAAUCAUUUUAUGAACUAAACCAGAGACUUUACCUAUAGUUGUGAUUCACAUGAAACUUGUGCUGGUUUCUGUUUUUUCCCUGCUGUAAUACAUACUACAGUUGUUCUUUUCUAUAAUCCUACAGUUUCAUGGAGAAUUCCUAAAGUACUCAGUAGGUCAGGAAAUCACCGAUUCCCUUCUGUUUGAUUACAGAGUUGAUACUGAAACACUUCAGUGCCCGUGGUAUUUUAAGUAACUUGAGUGAGUUACACAUCUGGAGGCCCAGAGAAACUUCCUCGCCUGUGGAGAGCUCUUGCUGAUCCGGGUCUGGAUCACGCAGCAUUUAAAAUGGGCCUUUUCCCCUGUGGCAGCAGCAGCAGCAGUGGCAAAAGGCAGGUGUCACUGCCAUGGCUAUGUCAGGCAGGGGCACUUACAGUGAUGGCAAAUCUCUAAUUGUUUUUCCAUUUCACAAUGGGAAGUGUCACGGAGUGUAGGAGGACAGUGGAUGUGAAUCUGUUCUUCCACUUCCGCUGUUUAACGUUAUCACUAGUUGGUCAUCCUCCCUUCUAGUUUUUUUCCCCUCCCAAGUAAGCUUUCUUCCCGAGUGCCUUCUUCAGCUCUGGCCACUGGUGACCUCCUGUAGCAUCAUUGCGGGAUGAUUUAAAGUGAAAUUUUUACUUCCUAAGAGACUUCUGCCCCGUAACUGCUCUUAAAAGUGCAGUAUUGAAAAACACCAGCAAAAUGCCUCAACUCCUGAGGGAAACACAAUUUCCCUCUCGCAGUCUUUCCCAUGAAAGAGUCGGGAUGGGAUGUUAGUGGAGAGUACACUUCCAUGGGAGACUGGAUCAUAGGUUUUAUGAAAUCUCCUUUCUCUGUGUUUUGAAGAGGACAUUUUGGGGGAAAGGUGAGUGAUAGCCAAACUGUGUGAAGUUUCCCUUUUUCUUUCUGCAGUGAGGGUUGGGUGUAAGGAGGUAGCGCAGCGGGGAGGGGUGGAAGUUCCUAAGGAGCCCUGAGUAGGACAUCUGGUCAGUUCUGCAGUGGGGGUGAUGGCUGGGGAUAAGAUCUGAAGGCUGCAAGUUUUCACUUACCUUGCAGGGAGAAUACACCAUGCCUGUUCAUCGAGUUCUAACCGAGGGUUGUAGGAUGUUACUGGUGAAGUCCGUGCCUCUCCACAGCCACAGGCCAAAUACUGCCCCUUUUCCAUGCUCACGGCCAUCAAUAAAUGAAGGCUGCAGAGAAGGUUGUCAUCCAAAGGACAAAUGUAACUGAAAGGGGAAAAAAAAUGAGAAAAGCUAAGGGUUGUACAGCAGAAAACACACUUCAAGAAAUAUCUUUCACUGUAGCCUUUCUGUAGCGGAGGGGGGCCCCGUGUAAUUGGAGUUUAAUUAGUUUGUUGUAUGACAUUCAAGAGCAAAUAGUCUGAAGAAAGGUACUUUAAAAACACCUUAGUUUGAAUUGUGUCUGUUGGUUCCAAUACCUAUCAUAUUCUUUUUUUAAAACACCUUUAAAAACACCUUAGAUGAAUCGCAUCCUUUGGUUCCAAUACCUAUCAUGUGUUUUUUUGUUGUUUUUUUUUAAAAAAGUGACCUAUGAAGUAACUUCCAAAUAUGACGUGUGUUGCACCUGAAACGAGAGUGCACAAAGGCACUUUAAUACUCUGGGAACUGUACUGGAAGAGAAAUGAAAGCAUGUGAAAUUGCACCUGAUCGUUGUGUUGUUAAUUGUUUUUAAAAUCUAAAGUUCUACAUGAUUUAUGCUUGAUGGAUGAAUGUAUCUAGUCUGGUCUGGUCUCAGUUUCUUUGACUCAAGUGUCUAAAGCUGUCACUCAAUCUCCUCUAAUUUGUAUGUGUCUGUAGUUUCAUUUGCUAUUUUUUUUUUGCCAUUAUUGGACUGCAGGGGGUAUUGUUAAUAUUAUAUGUGUUUAUUUUAUAGAACAUUGUACUAUGCUAUCUACCAACUUUUGUAAUUAUAAGUGAUACUUAGGGUAAUUCUAAUAGCUGUAUAUUUGGCAAAUUAUUAAAAUUUUCUGCAAGUGA